GAGUCCCAAAUCGACUGGGAUGCGAGUUUUUGUCUCGGCACCGAAGUCGACCCGGGGACGGUGGGCUACAGACGCAGUUUGCUUUCCCUGUCCGGCGACGACACGUUUCCAAACAAAAUAGCGACUGCGAGGAAAGUUUUACAGGGUCUCGUGGUCUGGAUGGGACAGUUCACGGUCGGGAUGUUUCCAAAUUUGUUGCUGCAUCAGUAAAAAUCGGGUGUAAGUGCGUUGAGGGGGGAAAUUCCCUCCACCCACUAAAAUGAUCAAAUAAACUCUGGUUUGGGCUCUCGCCCUGCCUCGGGGUCGCAGCGGCCGAAACUCUGAUUCUUAUGGCGUCAUCACGGGGUCCGGCGCCAACAAAAUCACUUCGCAGGAUAUGACCAGCCUAUCUGAUCCCAGAUAUAAAUUCCGCCGCCGACUGCCGCAGAGACGCAGAGAGCACCGUCAACCUGAGCUCCGCCAGUCAGCUGCUGAAGCGGCGUUAAGGGAGUCCGUUUGAAAGCGAGUGCGUGCGCUCCUCCAGCUCCACAUCACUCCCGCUCUGCACUGAAGCCCUUCCAGCGAAGAAGUUGAGCUCUCCUUAUCCUUUUGCUGCCGCUGCAAGGUUGUUCACUUAAGGUUUUCACAGACCGUUUUAGUGGGUUAUUGUAGGCCACAUCAUCUCCCAGCCAUGAGCCCCGUUUACACCUGGAUCUCUGUCGCUAUUUUAAUUGGCCUGGCUCAGGAAUCGAAUUGCGGGAUUUUACGUAAUGCCUCAUACGUCGAAAGUAUGUUUGGGCACGUCCCUUUGAGGAGCAAGCGAGCCAUCUCCCAGAUUGACAAAGAGGAGAUUUUGCAGCUUCACAAUCACCUGCGUGGACAAGUCUAUCCGUCAUCCUCCAAUAUGGAAUACAUGGAGUGGGAUGAUGAAUUGGAACGGUCUGCUGAAAGCUGGGCCCAACAGUGUGUCUGGGAUCAUGGCCCUUCUCACCUAAUCAAGUCAAUAGGUCAGAACCUGGCAGUGCACUGGGGCAGAUAUCGUUCUCCAGCUUCACAUGUGCAGGCAUGGUACGAUGAAGUCAAAGAUUACACCUACCCAUAUCCACAUGAGUGUAAUCCGUGGUGUCCUGAACGAUGUUCUGGUACAAUGUGCACCCAUUACACCCAAUUGGUGUGGGCAACAACGAACAGAGUUGGCUGUGCCGUCAAUGUUUGCGCAAGAAUGAAUGUGUGGGGAGAAAUCUGGGAGAACGCUGUCUAUUUAGUGUGCAACUAUUCACCAAAGGGGAACUGGAUUGGAGAAGCUCCAUAUAAAUAUGGCCGUCCAUGUUCAGAGUGCCCACCCAGCUAUGGUGGAGGCUGCAAGAACAACCUCUGCUACAAAGACAAUACCAUGAAAAGACCACAGCAUGAACAUACAAAUGAAGUUGAGCCUCCACAGAUCAAUACAGAUGUGUUGAGUCCUUGGAAUGUACCAGAGAUCCAACCAAAACCAAAGCCAGGACCAAAUGGGGAACAUAGCGGCUAUGAUUACAUGACUCAAGUCAUCAAAUGUGAAACGAAAAUGAGAGACAAAUGCAAAGGGACAACAUGCAACAGGUACAAGUGCCCAGCCAAUUGCAAAUCCUCAAAGGCUAAAGUAAUUGGGACACUCUACUAUGAAACGCAAUCCAGUAUUUGUCGGGCUGCAAUACACCGAGGGAUUAUUAAGAACGAAUAUGGUGGUCUUGUGGAUAUCACUCGGAAAAAAAAAAUCCCAUUCUUUGUCAAGUCUACCAAAAAUCAUAUUCAGUCCAUAAGCAAGUUCAAGCAAGCCAACGGAUUUACUGUUUCUAAAGUGACCACCCGGUCGGUUGACUGUUACGCCACAGUGGCUCAGCUCUGUCCUUACAGAAAGCCAUUUUCACAUUGUCCAAGGAUUAAUUGUCCAUCAAACUGUUUAGAGGAGUUUCCCUUCUGGGCACGGGUCAUUGGCAAUAAGAUUUAUUCUGAUAGAUCCAGUAUCUGUCGAACAGCGGUGCAUGCUGGUGUAAUUAAGAACCACGUUGGUGGACUUGUCGAUGUGAUGCCAGUGGAGAAGAAGAACCGAUAUAAAGGAACCUCCAAAAAUGGAAUUCAGUCAGAGAGUAUAAAAAAUCCUCCUGAUGGAAAAGCCUUCAGAGUAUUUGCAGUGGCAUGAGCGAGAAGGUAAUUGUGACAGAACUACUCUGGAAGCAUCAGCGAACGAAACAUUUACACAAACCGUGUGCACUUAACGGUAGUGAUCAACCUCAUCAAUGAAGAAUCGAACACCAUCCUCAGAUUAUAAAUCUUACAUCUCAUUGGCUACAAAGAAAAGUGGACUCUGGUUCGAACAUUCCUCUCAUUAGUGUACAUAGUAAAUUUGAUAUUUUGUUUAAAUGCAGAAAUAUAGUUAUUUACAGCAGUGCUGCUAAGUUAUAUUGCUCAGUAUAACAUAGUUAAGUAUUUACUCCUAAUUUGAUCUCUGCCUCAGUGCAAUCUAUUGGAAAUGAUGGGUGCAUGUCUCAUUUACAAUUGUUUGCAUCAGUGCGAAUGGACGAAGUACCGUGUGUGCACAUUGCCGGAGACGAACCCUGGAGAACAGUUAAUGGCGGAGCCUUCAGGGCUUCGUGACUCUUUCAGAGUUUCGUCAGCUUUCUCUUCACCCAGAGGUGUACCUGAUAAGUCUGGUGAUCAUGCAGGCUCAUCUACCAGAAUGUGUGUUGCUCUGGAUUUCCAGCAUCUGCAGAAUCUCGUGUGUGUGUGAAAUGUUUUUUUAAAAAAAAAAGCUGCUUUCAGUUGCACAACAACAAAAAAUGCCUGUGUUCCUUGAGUUUAUUUGGAACCUCAGGAGCUAAUAAUGUAAGAAUUUGCUUGAAGUUCCAAGAAUUCAUUUUGUGCAAACAUUUUUUUUGUCUUAUGGGUCUGUUGCAUUCUAAUGAAUGCAAACUCAUUUCUUGAAUCAGUGCAUAAGCAGAUACCUUGUGAAUAAUGCUCUCCGCCUCUGCCUCCCCAUCAGUUGUCCUUCAGCACUAGCACCUGACAGGAGUAAGGUAAAAGAUGAAAUGAGUCAUGCAUGACCCGAGACAAAAGGAAGGAAUUUGUAUGUUUUGGCAAGCAAGGAAUGAGAUGCACACAGGUGUAUGUGGUGCCUUGUUGACUGAGGAUUAUAAGUGUCUUGUGGCUGAGCCACUCGUGUAAAUACUAGCUCAAGUUAAUAGAGGACCACACACAGCCCUGCACUUCACCCUCGUCCAUCUAAUGUUCUGUAAAUAAACUAACCCUUGGUGAAAUCAUUCCUUUCACAUUGAUACCACCCUCAUUCCCUCUAUUCAAUUACCCUCAGUCUUUGACAAAUGUUUCUUAUUUAUUUGCUCAGAGCAUGCUUUGCUCUGUCGUGGAGACCACAUGACCCUAUUAUUACUGUUUUUUAUGAAUUAUAGGUAAUUGAUGACCUUAUGAACUUAACAGUUCAAGUGCAUUAGCACAGUAGAUAGUUAAAACAGAGGGGAAAGUAAGAAGAAUUUUCUAUUAAGAGUCCUUGAUUACCCAGUAAUCAAUGUAAUCAAUGGAUAAUGUGGUAGCAAUGAAGAAACAGAAGCAAUAUUUUCAUAAAUGAAUCAGAUCAGAGGUUCUGAAACUCUUUUUUUUAAUUGCAUGCCCACUUUAAAAUUUAUCAACUGUUUAUUUGUAAGUUACCAUCAUGUUUAAUAUUAUAAGCCUAUAAAUAACUUUUUAACAAUUUAACUUUAAAUGAUAUUAAAAGUGUCCAACAUUUUUUCUAUUCCAUUCGUUACUUAAGAAUACAGCACUAUAUCAAAUUUUAUCAAUGACUAACCUGUCUAGUCUAAAGUAAACAAAAAAUAUGGGCAUGCUAGCACAGUUUGGGAACCCCUGGAUUAAUGCAUUGGAUUCACCACUGUGGUUUAGGAUUUUUUCUAGCUCUUUAAUUGUGAACAAAAAUCUUUUAUUUCUCUUUAUUGGAUACCUGCAAACUGUCGGAACGAAGACUUGCAUGUGCAAAUUUUGACAAUAUUAUAUAUAAUUUAUUGCGUCGGGCAACAGGGAUGAAGAUGGCCGCUCAACCACUUUGAUUUUUGUUACUGCAUCACAUUGUAUAUUUUUUCAUAUCUAUGUUUAAGACUAAAUAGACUUACAGGCCGCUAACUAUUUUUAAUACUUUAUAAAACUGAGUGCAUUAUUUCACAAUAAAAUGUUAUUUUUCUCUCAGAUUACCCAGUGUAUUGCUUUAGAGCUGCACAUUUAUAAACUUCUGCUGUGAAUUGACAUCGGAAAUAUUUGUUGCC